GUGAUGUUUGCUUGUAAAUCUCAGCCUUAGACUCUCAACGACAGAGUCCAAAAAUAGGAAACACAUAUAUCCGGAACUCUUCCAUCGCGCUUUUGAUUUUGGCAAGCUUCCUUAGAAGGGUGCUUGGGAAAGUUAUUGGCCUACUGUACGGGGAGGAGUCUAUGCCACUCCGAGGAAGCCCCUUUAGUUUUGAACUUCUCCUCGCCUCCUAAGACGGUGUUGGGCCACUAAGGCGGUACAUCGUUGCGAAAUUAGUUAAUUAAGUCUUGGGAGUGGUAUGGCAGGAAUGAUUCCAAAGGAUUCAUGUGGGAUAUUAUCGAACAUUGCUUUUAGAAAUAUUGGGUUUAGUAGUUUAUCAAAAAGUGAAUUAUUUCAUCGUUUUUACAGAUUUUAGUGCUUAUUUGUUAAUACUUUUCCACACAUUUUUUAUUUCUUAUUGUGGAUUGUUGUAUAUGUCAUCUUAUAUUCAGAUAAAAUCGUAAGAAACUCCAUUGAAUAGGACUACCUGUUCAUGAAAACCUAAUUACUAAAGUGAAUGAAGUUUUUGUUUUUUUAUAAUUAUUUUCCUCUAAUGAAUGUACCUUCUACUUGAAUUCAUUAAACCUUAUCUUAUACAUUUGGAGAAAAUCUUUUGAUCCUAUUUUUUUUUGUAAGAAAUUUAGCUUUCUUUUGGAUGCUUCGAAAAUCGGUUCCGUCAGAGAAGGUGGAGUGCUGCUUUGCUUAAAACUAGCCCUUUGUGAAACUUCCUCCACAAUCAUUCACUUCUCAUUUUGAAGAUAACAAAUCUAGAUCCGAUGUCUUCAUACGUGUAGUUACGAUGAUAAAUGUAGCGCUCUCUGCACCAAUUCUUGUCGUUUAUCAGUUUCCUUAAAAUGGCCUCUAUGAACAUCUUCAGAUGCUCUGAUCAACUCAAGAAAAAUUUAGCUUCACUUAAGCCCAAUUUAAUCUUCGGGGUAACUUUAGACGUACUUGUCGUAGUCUACCGCAGCGUAUCCUAGUUUAUGAAUGCCGCACCUUGUUGGCUAAAUUUCUUAUACACCAUUGUGCCUCCAUGAUGGUAUCCUCGCUAGCGUCUCAUAGAACAAAGGGGGACUAACUGCUUCUAUAUUAUACCACUAUGCGCAUCAAAUGAAAGUGCCUGUGCGUUGUUUGUGGACGGGAACAAUACAUAAAUGGAUGUGAUGGUAAAGGAAAAUCAUGGAUAAUUGUGCGAACCCAUUGUUAGGCUGGACUCAAACACAUUCUUGAAAGCGUUUCCAUAUCAUGCCAUAUCAUUGAAGGUGGUGUUACAGAUGACCUAAAACAUUCUCCGACAAAUGUAAGAAAAAGAACCCUCAUGGUAAUUAAACCCUUGGAAUAUUUCGGGAGUUGCUCUGGUUUGAUGGUUAUUGUUUUUGAUUUAUAUUCGUUUGUAUCCAAUUGUGUUUCUUGCUGGAUCAGGAACAUCUCUGCACGAAGCUCCGAAACUUCGUUUUCACGAGCAAUUCUAUUUGAUUGAAGGUAUCGUUUUGAUGUUUUAUUAAAAGCUGUCAUUAUCGUGAUUGCAUUUUGAUUUCAAAUUAAAUUCGCAAACUGCAUACAUGAUACUGGGAAAAUGGGAGCAUUCAUUUGCCUUUUUCCCUUCAUAUGCACUUAUAAAAUAAAAGGAACCUUUUUUACUAAUGCAAAAUGUGUCGUCUUCACCUGAAAAUAAAGCAGAUGAUUUACCUGCGACUACAAAAGCUCUCCUGAAAUACUUGGAUACGCGUACCCUGCAAUUAGAGGAGGAGAAGCGUCAGAUGCUUUCCGUGCUUGAGAGGCUCAAGCGAGAUGAAGCUAAACUCUUAGAUGCAUUGAAGGAGACUGAGAGAGAAAAUCCAGCCAUAGAGCAGAAAUUUAAUCAGUGAGUCUGAGAAAUAGAUGGCCUUCGUCUUUGUCAUUAUGGAAUUAUAUAAUACGAAAUCCAACAUUACAUGGGCUCCGUAGGCCUCAUAGAUCUGGUCACUACAUAUUGUAUUGUUGUUUGGAGAACGACAUGAUGGAUUUUCUUAUGACUGUUCCUCUAUCUGUCUAUCUAUCUAUCUGACUAUAUAUAUAUAUUUAUACAUAUGUUAGCUUUUACGUUGCUCCAAUUUCUUGAGGUUUCAAAGUUUACGGAUUGUUAGGCUUAGUUCUAUUACUCAUCUAAAAAGGUAGAAAGGUGUAAAGUUACUGAAAAAAAAACAAGAGUUUCUAUUAUCAUGUGGCGGAGAAGUUCUAUCUUUCUUUCCCCCAAACCCCUCUCUGCACCUGCAGUAACACAAGCUUUGCAGGGGUUGUAUGGAUGGAAGCUGCGUGGUUCGACGCCGCAUAUCAUGGAAUGCGACUACACGUUCAAGAGCUUUCCCGAAGCAUUAGAUUUUAUGCUGCGUGUGAGCCCGAUCUGUGAGCGCAUGCAACAUCACCCUUCCUGGACGAAUGUAUACAACAAAAUUCACGUAGAGUUGACUACACACGAUGCAGGGAAUAACAUAACACAGAAAGAUGUAGAUCUAGCAAGAGAAAUGAACAAGCUGUACUCUACCGUAAAUAAGUGAACGUGAAAAAAAUGAAACUGCACGGUUUUCCUUGAAGAAAAAAAGUGGUUUACCGCGAAUACCAAGCUUUCCUGUUUUGAAAAAAAGUAUAUAUAUGUAUUCCUGAAUUUUCCUUUUGUUGAUUGAUGACUUCUGCCUGUGCAUAUUGUUACUUGUUUCUAUUCUGAACUGGAUACCAGCAAUUGACCACACUGGAUCAAGAAGGCUAUGUGAUUUCAACAUGGUGUGACAACUUGUUGAGCCUCGCCCUUGGCCUCUCUGUUCCUUUGACAACCACUAA